GUUGAUCCUGCUGGGUGAUCCCCACUUCCGGUGAAAGAGGAGAAGCGUCUCACACGAUUACUCUAACAAGGCCUAUCGUUACUCACCCGUAGGUAGUUGAACGGGGUCUCGGUUGUAGCCAUGGACCUGUGAUCGCCAACAAGUCAGCUAAUUAACUUUUUAAGAAAGUAGAAGACGUCACCAUAGACGCCGCUUUGACUAAACGUCGCCAGAGCCACAGGUUUGAACGUUACCCCGCUACUGCCAGCUAGUUAGCCAGCUAAAGACGCAGCUAACGUUAGCUUUUCGCCAACCAAGCACCUCUAAAUUAAGUCCUGGUGUCUAUUUCAAGAUGUCAACUGCGGGAUUUAACUCUCAGAAUGGGACUGGGACAGGACAGGCAUAUGUGAACGGUCCGUCGCAGAAUCCAGUUGGCCUGCAGCAGCUGCCAGGGGUCAGCUAUGGCAUGACUCACCAACCAACCUACAAUCCAAUGCAGGCCAAGGCUCCCGCACCCCCCGGCACUGGACUCUACCCCUCUGGGCCAUACCAACCUGUUCACCCAGUCAGCUCCUACCAGCCUGGCCCACCACUCAGUUCCUACCCAGCUCCUUCAGGCCAGGCACUGUUGACCAGGCCUCUAAUGGGAGGUCCUCCAUCCCAUACCCCUCCUCAGUCUGCCAGCCCUGGUCCUAGGCUGCCCCCUGCACAGGCCACACCUCCCCCUCCUGCUGUGUCUUCUAGUAGCUACUACCCAAACCCGCGGCAGCCGCAGCCCAUGGCUCCAGCUUGGCACUACAACACAGCUCCCCCACCAAUGGGGCAACCCACUUCCAUGAGCAUACCUCCCCGCGGCCCCGUGCCUAACCAUGUAAACCCAGCUGCAAGCUCGACACCGUCAUCGACACCUUACAGCUCUGCACCACCAGCCCAUGUGCCCCAUAGUGUCACCCAGCCCCCAGGCCCAGGGAUGCCCCCCACCUCUCUACAUGGAUAUACCCAGCCAGGCCCUGCACCUCCGCCAAUGACUCACAUGGCUCCACACACAUACCAGCCAAGCAGAGCACCCUAUGGCCCCCCACCUACAGGCCCACCACCAACCAUGAAACCCACACCGCCUCCUACUGGAACCCUAAUGCCCAAUGCUACACCUCCACCCCCCAAGGCAGAUGCUCAGUGUGGGGGUGCUGUUAACAGCACUCUGCCCCCCACUGAGCCCGACUGCCAGGAGGGGGAUAUUGAAUGUCCAGGAACUGUGGCUGGCAAUGGCCCACAAGCACCAAACAGCUAUAAUCAUGUUGACAACAAAAUGGCUGGCCUGCCCCAGCCCGGACCACCUGGUCGGCACUUGGGCCACUACCCCUCCCUUCCCCCUGGGUACCAGAACACCUCAGCUCUCCACAAUGCCGGCCCCCCCAUGCACCCUGCGAUGCAGGCCGCCACGCAGCCUUACACUCAACCACCUCAGACAUACCAGCAGCCACCUGGUGGCCCAGGACCAGCCCAACUGAGCCAGUCCCUGGCAGCCUUGAGCCUCCAGUCCAGCACCCCAGAGUCCCUGAGAGUGGUCAACCUGCUGCAGGAGAGGAAUCUGCUGCCACCAAACCCGAUGCCCGCCCCAACACCCUGUCUCCCACAGGACCUGCAGAAGAUCAACUGCAACCCAGAGGUUUUUCGUAGUACGCUGACCAGCAUCCCUCAGACUCAGUCACUGCUCAAUAAAGCCAAGAUGCCACUGGGCCUGCUGCUCCACCCCUUCAAAGACCUUUCGCAGCUUCCUGUGGUGACAUCCAGCACCAUCGUCCGGUGUCGGUCCUGCAGAACCUACAUCAAUCCCUUCGUCAAUUUCCUGGACCAGAGGAGGUGGAAGUGCAACCUGUGCUAUCGGGUCAAUGAUGUUCCAGAGGAGUUUAUGUACAACCCAGUCAGCAGAUCGUACGGAGAGCCACACAAAAGACCCGAGGUCCAGAACGCCACCAUCGAAUUCAUUGCUCCUUCAGAAUACAUGCUGAGGCCACCACAGCCUGCUGUUUACCUCUUCAUUCUUGAUGUAUCCCACAAUGCAGUGGAAACAGGCUACCUAAAUGUGUUCUGCCAGUCACUGUUGGACAACAUCAAUGCGCUUCCUGGAGACUCUCGGACAAAGGUAGGUUUCAUCACCUUUGACAGCACCAUCCACUUCUACAACCUCCAGGAGGGACUUUCUCAGCCCCAGAUGCUCAUCGUGUCUGACAUCGAAGAUAUCUUUUUACCAACACCAGACAGCCUUUUAGUAAACCUCAAUGAAUGCAAAGAGCUUGUGCAGGAUCUGCUGAAGAGCCUGCCAAAUCUAUUUGAAAAGACCAUGGAGACCCAGUCUGCCCUGGGUUCAGCUCUGCAAGCAGCCUUCAAGCUGCUGUCACCUACUGGAGGGCGCAUGUCUAUCUUUCAGACCCAGCUGCCUAACCUCGGUGUGGGGGCACUCCAGUCCAGAGAAGACCCCAACCAGCGGGCAUCUGCCAAGGACAUCCAGCACUUAUCCCCAGCGACAGACUUCUACAAAAAGCUGGCUCUGGACUGCUCCGGCCAGCAGGUGGCGGUUGACCUGUUCCUGCUCAGCUCUCAGUACUGCGACCUGGCAUCGCUAGGCUGCAUAUCCAGAUACUCGGCAGGGAGCGUUUACUACUACCCCUCCUACCACCACCAGCACAACCCCGCUCAGGUGGAGUGCUUCCAGAAGGAUCUGAAGAGAUACUUAACCAGGAAGAUUGGCUUCGAGGCCGUCAUGAGGAUACGCUGCACCAAAGGUCUGUCCAUCCACACGUUCCACGGAAACUUCUUUGUGCGCUCCACAGAUCUGCUGUCUCUUCCCAAUGUGAACCCAGACGCUGGCUUUGCGGUUCAGAUGUCCAUUGAGGAAAACCUGGACGACAUGCAAGUCGUCUCUUUCCAGGCCGCGUUGCUUUACACGUCCAGCAAAGGAGAGAGGAGGAUCCGUGUCCACACCUUGUGUCUUCCUGUGGUCAAUUCUCUGGCAGACAUCUUUGCUGGGGCUGAUGUUCAAGCGAUCACUGGACUGCUGGCUUGUAUGGCUGUGGACCGCUCGGCAACAGCAAGUCUGAGUGACGCCAGAGAUGCAAUGACAAACGCUGCCAUUGACUCGCUGACGUCGUACCGGCAGUCUGUGUUGACCAUCCAGCAGCCCGGCCUGCUGGCCCCAGCCUGCCUCAGACUCUUCCCCCUCUUCAUUCUUGCUCUGCUGAAACAGAAAGCCUUCAGGACGGGCACCAGCACCAGGCUGGAUGACCGGCUGUUUGCCAUGUGUCAGCUAAAGUACCAGCCACUGGUCUACGCAUUACUGAUGAUCCACCCUGCUCUGUACCGUGUCGACGACCUGACCGAUGAGGGAGCUUUGAACAUCAAUGAUCGAACCAUCCCUCAGCCCAGAGUGCUGCAGCUGUCUGUGGAGAAGCUCAGCAGGGAGGCAGCUUUCCUCAUGGAUGCUGGAACGGUCAUGUAUCUGUGGAUCGGACGGAACUGCCACCCCAACUUCCUCACACAAGUCCUGGGAGUUCCCAACUACGCUGCCGUGCCUGAUAACCUGUACCUACUCCCAGAGCUGGACACUGCCGAGUCGCAGAGAACCAGGGCUUUCAUCGGUUGGCUGAGGGAUCAGAGGCCGUUCUUUCCCUCACUGCAUGUCAUCAGGGACGAGAGCCAGCUGAAACCCACCUUUAUGCAGAACAUGAUCGAGGACCGAACAGAGUCAGCCCUGUCGUACUACGAGUUCCUGCUCCACCUCCAACAGCAAAUCUCCAAAUAAUCUUCAGUGGGAAUGUGGAGACGAGGGAACAGUUCUGUGUGUGUGUGUGUGUGUGUGAGAAGGAGUCCUCUUGCUCCAUCUCCAGCUGUGUUCCACUAUUCCACUAUCUCUCUGAGGAAACGCUGAACUGACAAAUUAAACUAUGUGACGGACAGUGCAAGGACAGUGUGACAAAGAAAUCCACUCUGAUGCUUAUUUGGCACUUUUUACCGAGCUGAAGCAUUGCGUUGGAAGAUAAAACAAAAGCAAGAAAUCCAAGAUGAUGAUGGUGAUUAUGUCAAUGAUCGAAUGAAUCAGUGUUUAUUCUCAUAGAACAAUGCUGUCUAACUGAGGUAUCGUUCAGAUACAGUCAAGGCAACGGAUGUGUGAAAUGUUUUUGUUCAAAAAGCGCAGUCGUCUUUCCUAAAACAAGUCAAACGUGUGUGUGUAUGUAUGUAUGUAUGUAUGUAUGCAUGUAUGCCUUAGACUAGGUUUAUGAGGAAGGUUGGUAUGUUUGCGCUCAGACUGUUAUUGAGUGUCACCAGGAGUAUUUGUACACAGAACACCUGAGCUCUAGCAACACUCUUAAUAUCCUACCUGAAGGACAGAAUGUGUGCGUUUUUUUAUUUUUCGGUCAUUAUAAUUGUGUGUCGAACAAAUUAGUAGACUCUGUUGUAAAAGGCAGGAAAGCUAAAGGUGUUUAAAGGCGGACUGACCUAGCAAUCGUCACUGCCUUGAAUGUGUGGACUCGGUAGUGGAAAGUCAUUUUCAUUGGUCUGAUCUGUCCUUCAGAAAAUCUCUGUCAUCCCUUUUCUCUCUGGACAUUCAGAACACCUCUGAUGACAUCGCUGUUCUGUUUUUUUAUUUCUUCUUUUUUGUUUCUGAUUAUCUAAUAAUUUAUGAGACUCCCAAUCUGAUUAAAUUCUAUAUUUGCCUUGUAUGGGAAGUCACUUUUUAUUAUUAAACCUCUGUUUAAAUACAGACUCUAUAUGAAAUAUUUUAAUAUAAUAGGAUAUGGGAAAUUCUUUAACAUACAUAACAAAGCCAUUGUGAUCUUUUAAUCAUGCUUAUUGAUACUUGUAUAUUGAAAAAAAAGACUGCAUUAUAUAAAAGGUGAAGAAAUGCUGAUGAUUUCAGUAGAAACAUUUAGGUGAAAUGACGCUAUGGAAAUAAAAUGUUUGGGACUUUUUAAAUGUGGUUUUGUGUUUUGGUGGGUGAACAGUGUUUAUUCAGUGGAAGCAAAGACUACAACACAGAAUAUGGACCAAUAAUAGUCAAAUUUUUUGUUUUGACUUGAGUGUGAAUUGAAGGUUUUUUUGAUUUGGUCUGAUUUCAUACAGUUUGUAAUCUAUGUAUUAUAUAAGCAAAAAUGUAUUUAGGAACAUAUGUUUUGGUCUUCAUGCACAAAAUUGUCUUUCAUAAAAAAACUGAUGAAAAUAAAAAUAGCUUGUUUGUACAGAGUAAAUUGCAGAGGUGUGGACUUAAAAAAAUGAUGUUAUAAAAACGUUUGCUGGAGAUCAACUCGUCACUUUCCUGACAAAAGAUUUGCUUUGAAUCAAUUCGAUAGCCAAUCACUUUGCGUGAGCUGAAUGGAAAGGUACCCUGUAUCUAACACAUGGAAUUGUGUCACAGGAAUAACAGACCAAGACGCACCUGAUCUUUUUGCAUUGAAAGCAAUAAAUACAAAUUUUACACAACA